CAAUGGUUACCUAUCUGUUGACAAUGCAAAUGUCAGCGAAAGCUGAUAACCUAUUUGCCGUUUUCGCUAAAAAUCUAAAAAAAAUAAUUAAUUACUCGCCUUUGCUGUAAUCUUAUGCCUUAAUCCGCAAUGGUUCUUGCAAUUUAGUACAACAAGUGAACGAUAUAGCUUUGUAGUAAUAGAAAUUAAUAUUCACGUUUUAUAAGUUUGUUGACUGUUGUUAAGUUUGUAAGAAAAUGGGUAUCUUAGAAAAGAUAUCUGAAAUUGAAAAGGAAAUUGCUAGGACACAAAAGAAUAAAGCAACUGAAUAUCAUUUGGGGUUAUUGAAAGCCAAGCUAGCGAAGUACAGGUCUCAACUUUUAGAACCAUCUAAAAAGGGAGGUGAUAAAGGGGAGGGUUUUGAUGUUUUAAAGUCAGGUGAUGCAAGAGUUGCUCUUAUAGGUUUUCCAUCAGUUGGUAAGUCAACCCUGCUCUCUACACUAACGCACACACACUCUGAGGCAGCGAGCUAUGAGUUCACGACUCUCACGUGUAUUCCUGGUGUUAUUGAGUACCGAGGUGCUAAUAUACAGCUACUGGAUCUGCCGGGAAUCAUUGAAGGCGCCGCCCAGGGCAAAGGAAGAGGGAGACAGGUGAUAGCAGUAGCGCGUACAGCAGACCUGGUGCUCAUGAUGUUAGAUGCCACAAAGCCGUACGUGCACCGCCAGCUGCUUGAGAAGGAGUUGGAGAGUGUCGGCAUCAGGCUGAAUAAGAACAAACCUAAUAUUUAUUUUAAGGUUAAAAAAGGCGGCGGUUUGUCGUUCAACUCCACGUGUCAGCUGACUAAAGUGGACGAAAAAAUGGUGCAGAUGAUUCUACAUGAAUAUAAAAUAUUUAAUGCUGAGGUGCUAUUCCGCGAGGACUGUACAGCGGACGAGCUGAUCGACGUGAUCCUAGCGAACCGCGUGUACCUGCCGUGCCUGUAUGUGUACAACAAGAUCGAUCAGAUCUCGCUGCAGGAGGUCGACCGCAUCGCGAGACAGCCGCACUCUAUCGUCGUCAGUUGUAACAUGAAGCUCAACCUGGACUACUUGCUGGAGACGCUGUGGGAGUACCUCUCCCUCAUCAGGGUGUACACGAAGAAGCCUGGUCAGCCACCGGACUUCGAUGAUGGACUUAUUUUGAGAAAGGGUGUAACAGUAGAACACGUGUGUCACUCGAUUCACCGCACGCUCGCGGCGCAACUCAAGUACGCGCUGGUGUGGGGCACCAGCACCAAGUACAGUCCGCAGCGCGUGGGGCUGCACCACACUGUGCAGGAUGAGGACGUGGUGCAACUUAUCAAGAAGUAGCACUGGCUGAUAUUUAAUAUAGAGUUUGAAGACGUUAUUUAUCCUAUACCCUCCCCUCAAAGACACACCUUGCAAAUUUUACCCCUCAAACAUACAUAAGUUCUGCCCCCUCCCCCCUCCAACACACACACUGAAAACCUACCUAAACCAUUCUCCCUCUUACACACACACAGUUAUCACACAUGAAUGUUGUUAACAUUCAAUAAGCCAUUUCUCCUUAUAAACACACCACAUUCACAUGUUAAUUUUACAAACUUUACAGCCCAUCCCCCCACUUUACAUCCAAAAGUUUGGUAAUAUAAGAAGAAGGAUAAAAUAUUUGAAUUUCUCCCUAAAUUGAUUAUGGUUGUAAAAAUUGAAAAACUUAAAAAAAAUAUAUAAUCUUCUGAGUUCUAUUGACUCAUUCCUCUUCUUUUUAUAAACUUAGCAAAAUAAUUACUUUAAAACCCAAGUGUUAAGUUAUAUCUACUCCUAGUAUAGACAGGAAAUAAUAUGAUAUAACGGACUAAAUUAAAUAAGCAGUAAUAUAUAUUUUUUUAUUUACUCCAAAUACCAUAAUCAAUAUGCAGGCCUAAAACAUUUUCAUGCUUUGAGUUCCCAUGAACCAUUAACAUUAAAUUUUAUGGGACUGUACUAUACUUAACCACUAAUAUUUUUUAAAUGUAAAUUAUAUGAUUUAAAUAUUGUAAUGCAAUGUUUUAUUUGAGUUUAACCCAUUUAUUAUCUGCCCUGUGAGAACCUGCAUGUAAAGUUCUUGUUAAAGUAAGCAAUGAUUUGUAUAAAAUAUUCUAAUAUCCACUGCAGGGAUUAUUAAAUUGGACAAUAGAAAAUAUAUCCCAUGCAAUGUUAAUAUGACGUUUCCGUGAAAUGAUAGCUUAAUAAUUUUG